CCUUGUGCCAUUACAACAAAAUCUUGAACUGUGUUUGAUCUCUCCUUAAAGAAUACAAUUGAUUCAUGACUGCAGUGAUUAAGGCAAGACUCUUUUGCAAAAAUACAGAAACCGGAACCAAGCUAUGUGAUGAUGAUUCUUUUGCAGAAGUUGGAGAAAAGGCUGUGCCCUGAUGCAAAUGGAAACUUAAGCUAAAGGUCCAUCAGUGGAGCAAAAGAAAGUAAAAAGAAGCACUGAAAGCUCUCCACUACCAUGGCAUGCACUAGAGUGGUCUUUCUGGUUCUGAUCAAGUUCUUCAUUUUACAGACUGCUUUAUCAAGCUCUUGGCAAACAUUGAGUGGGAAGCCUCCGGUUGUGAUUGCUCGAGGCGGAUUCUCUGGUAUAUUUCCAGAUUCCAGUAUUCAAGCAUAUCAGUUGGCGAGUAUUACAACUUCAACUGACGUAACACUCUGGUGUGAUCUUCAACUAACAAAGGAUGGUGUUGGAAUCUGCUUUCCAAAUCUGAAUCUUGACAAUGGUUCUAAUGUCAUGAACGUUUACCCAAAUUACAAAGAAAGUUUUUCUAUUGAUUUUACAAAGAAAGAACUCUCUCGUGUGGGAUGUGCCCAGAGUGUUCCAUCAAGAUCAAAUAUAUUCGAUGAUGCUUACCCGAUAUGUACUAUUAAUGACGUAGCAGAAACGGCAGCUUCAGGCCUCUGGUUGAACGUCCAGGACAGUGCUUUCUACUCGCAACACAAUAUGAAUAUGAGAAACUUUGUUGUCUCUAUAUCAAAGCGUGUGAGAUUCAAAUUCAUAUCUUCUCCUGAGAUCACUUUCUUGAAGAGCAUGAAGAACAGUGCCAAGCGGACUGUGACAAAACUCAUCUUUAGAUUUCUGAACCAAGACCAAAUAGAACCUUUCACCAACCAAUCUUACGGCUCUCUUUCCAAGAAUCUAAGUUAUAUAAGAACGUUUUCGUCUGGAAUUCUUGUUCCAAAAUCUUACAUAUGGCCCGUAGAUUCAUAUCUUUACCUGCAACCCCACACGUCGCUUGUCACAGAUGCUCAUAAAGAAGGUUUACAAGUUUUCGCCUCGGAGUUUGCCAAUGAUUUUGUUAUUGCUUAUAACUACAGCUAUGAUCCGACGGCUGAGUAUUUAUCUUUCAUUGACAAUGGAAACUUCUCUGUUGAUGGUUUCCUAUCAGACUUCCCGGUGACUCCAUACCGAGCCAUCAAUUGCUUUUCUCAUGUGGACACCAAAAAAGCAGAGGAUCAAGCUAAGGUAACUAUUAUUUCGAAGAAUGGAGCGAGUGGAUAUUUCCCAGGCUGUACUGACUUGGCGUAUCAGAGAGCUGCAGACGACGGGGUUGACAUUCUUGAUUGCAAUGUCCAGAUGUCUAAAGACAAGAUCCCCUUUUGUCUGAGCUCCAUUGAUCUUAUGAACAUCACUAAUGUCAUCGAAACUAGCUUCAGAAAUCUGUCAUCAGUAGCUGCAGAGAUUCAACAGAGAAGUGGGAUCUACACUUUCAGCCUGACCAUGUCUCAAAUACAAACCUUGAAGCCCUCUAUUUCGAAUCCUUAUCUCGCCUCUGCUUUACUCAGAAACCCAAGAAACAAAAACGCUGGAAGUUUUCUUACAUUAUCGGAGUUCUUGUUUCUUCCAAACCGUUACAGCUCUCUCAUAGGCAUUUUGAUAGAAGUGGAGAAUGCAGCUUAUUUAGUGGAACAUCAAGGAAUGAGUGUGGUCGAUGCUGUGCUAGAUGAACUGAAGAGAGCUACUAAUCAACAAAACCAGACAAGUGCAAGAAAAAUAUUGAUCCAAUCUACUGAUAAGUCUGUCUUGAUGAGGUUUAAAGAGAAGAAGCACAUAUUUCAUGAUGAGCUGGUCUAUAGAGUCGAUGAAAACAUCCGUGAUGUAGAAGAUUCCGCAAUCAGAGAUAUCAAGAAUUUCGCAGGCUCGGUUGUCAUCAGUAAGAAAUCAGUCUUUCCCACUAAUGAUGGGUUUGUCAUCCAUAAAAAGGGGCCAGAUGUUACUCAGAGGCUAAAAAAUAGCGGGCUUCGUGUUUACGUAGAAACAUUUAGCAACGAGUUUAUAAGUCAGCCAUUUGACUUUUUCUCGGAUCCAACAUUGGAGAUAGACUGUUUUGUGAAAGGUAUCAAGAUUGAUGGCAUCAUCACUGACUUCCCAGCAACCACUGCAAGAUACAGAAAGAACCAGUGUUACAGCAAACUGAAUCCGGUUGGAACCGGUGAGCUCAUAACUUUCGGGAAUCCAAUGUUUUUUGGUCCGGCCAAAGCUCCAUAUCCAUUUCUAAAUGACUCAGAUGUGACGGAGCCACCAUUGCCUGAAGUAAGAAGUCAGCCUCCUGCUUCUGCGCCAUCAAAGUCAGAGGAAAAAACAAUAGAAGUUCCCUUUGCAUUUAUAACCAUGGCUAUUCUUGUGAGCUUCUUUAUUUCAGUUUAGUUUUAAGUGCCUUGUAACUGACUUGAAUUGCAGCAUCUGCAAGUAAAUCUAUGAAUAACAACAAUGUUUUAGUA